AUGAAUCACAAACUGGUGAAUGAAAAUAUUGAUGAUUUUUAUGUCCUCUCGGAAAGUGAUAAUCAUUCAAAACCAUCGGAUCAUCAUCCUUUUUGUUGCCGAGACUUGUGUAUUCAAGAACAUAAAAAUGGUUUAUUUGUAUUGAGUCUUUCUCCCAAACAUUUCUUAUGUACGGAUAGGACAAGGACGGAACAAGUCGUGGAAGUGAAACGAGUGGAAUUUCCACUACGGCCGACACCUCCAGCCGUUUUGAAUGUUAAUGAAGAUCAGGGAGAUGCGGAGGAUACAAUUGGAAGUGGAGGAGGAAAGGAUGUUGUCGGUAGUUCUCAAUCAUCAACCACACAAAAGAAACAAAAGAAGACGGAAAUUAAAGUACAACCACAUACAGUUAUUGCAAAAAUUUAUUAUCAAAUUCGGAUACGAAAGGAGGAUAAGAUUGAUGAAGAGAAGUAUGAAGAAGAAGUUGUGCAAAUACAAGCUCACCUGAAAGGAAAAUUAGUUGAAGUCAAUGAAAGGUUAUUGGCAACACCAAUAUUAUGUCAAACACAUCCCUAUAAUUUUGGAUUUUUAGUGAUUAUUGAUCCCAAUGAUGUCAUUAAGAAUUUGAAACAAAAACAAGAAUUGAUGAAAGAUUGGAAAACUCGACGAGAAUAUUUUGACACCAUACAACCUCAACAGCAACCUGUAUCCAAAGAGGCAGAUCAAUAA